ACCUGCACCGGAUUGUCGUAAUCGGCGAUACAAACAAUAAUAAUCUGUCACUUGAUCGAGCCUGUGUAAUGACGCCACUGUGAAGUGUCGUGUGUUGCAUACGCGCGUAACCGGGGUGUAAAUUGACGUCAGGAUCAACGAAGUUUAGAGGUGUCAGCCAGGUUGAUCUCGAUCGCGCAUCAUAGUCUGACAUUUACCAAAAACUGAUGUGUUCCAUUCAUCUUCCGUGGGAUACGCAUGUAACUAUACGGCCGUUAUUUACCUUGGUGAUCCUUCCUACAUCGGCGACUCUUAUCAUGUUACGCGCUGACACGAACGAUGCUCCAAUUUCUUAAGAAGAUUGGACAGAGGGAUAAGUCCGGAUUGUUAGAAAGCUCACCCACAAGAUCGACAAGUUCAGGAAAUCUUGCACUAGAUGCAUUCAAUGGCUACACAUCCAUUCCAACAUCGUUGGGUAUAUUGUGCAAUCUCGAGGAAGAAGCAGAGGAAGAAAUUUUCAAUAAUGACAUCAAGGAAGCAUAUUCCUUUAGCUCUCGUUUGUCUAAAGCUCUCCCAGAAGUACUUACGGACAAGAGUGCCCUUGGUUACUUCAUUCAAUUCAUGGACACUAGGAAACACGUAGCUCUCAUAAAAUUCUGGUUAGAGGUAGAAUGCUUGUGCAGCGCAUCUGGUAUGCCCAAUUGUACAGAAAGAACCAAAUGUUCGAAUCAAAAGGAAUUAUUAGAUGCUUUACCUACUUCUUUAGAUAAUAAUGAGAAUCUCAGUUGCAAUAUACUCUCUAAUGAUGUAGAUAUUCAAACAAGCAGCGAAAUACCAUGUGAUGAGAAUGUGAAUAGCGAUAGUAUAACAUCCAUUCUAAGUGGUAUGCCAAAGACUAGUCAGGCGGUAAAUGAAAUACGACAAUCAAAUCAUAAUUGCGAAAACAAGAGACAUGACAUGACAACAAGCAAGCAGGAUGCUCUGAGAAUUUAUAAGAAGUAUAUUGUUAAGGAAGCUCUGGGUAUAAAUCAAAUAUCUGAAGAAUUAAAGCUAGAUAUGGAAAAAGCUGUUGCGCAGGAGAACAUUGAGCCUAUAUUAAGGUGCCUAUCUGCUGUUCAAAGCAUAGUAUACGAUAUAUUAGAAAACGAGUAUAUUAAUGAUUUUUUACGAAGCGAAUUUCAUUGUAAGCAUCAAAUUGAUAUGCUCACCAGUGGCAAUGUACAGUUAGCAGAUAUAUUAUACAAUGAAACUGCAUUCUUUUACUUCAUGGAGUUUAUGGAACUCGAGAAUAAGCGAGAGUUGUUGGACUUUUGGAUGUCAGUGAUCAGUUAUAAACAGAAUCUUUUGGAUAAGAAAGGUGCGGCCGAUCCCGAAGAGGCGCAAUCCGAUGCCGUUAUUAUUUAUGAAAAGUAUUUCAGUUUACAAGCAACAAUGCCCCUUGGAUUUAGUGAUAAGAUCCGCUUUCAUGUAGAACAAAAUAUUUGCCGCGAGGACGAUAAUGGACCACAGCCUGAUUGUUUCGAUAAACCGAACAAAAUUGUAUAUAAUUUUCUCAACAAGCAUUAUCUCCCGGCCUUCUUAUCGUCGCAGCUAUAUUAUAAAUACUUAUCAGAGUUAAUCAGUACCAUUCAGAGCAGUCCAUGUCCAAGUUUACAUGCCAAGAUAAAGAGAACAGGUUCAGAUUGCAGCAGUGAAGUGAGUUCUGUAUGCACUAGCAUGCCAAGUACUUCUCAAAUAGGAAAUUAUAGCAACAGGUUACCUGAUAAUAAAAAGAAUAUUAACAAUCAUCUAAAUAUCGAUACCAGACAACUUUACGAUCCAGAUUCCCUGUGGAAACGUAAUAAAUAUAGAUUGAGCAUUGGUUACAUUGACAACUUAGGUAGAUUUAUUAGUGAAAUAGAGCCAGAUCCUCAUAGAAAAUAUGAAUCUCGCCUAACGCGUGCUGUAAAACGAUUUGUAAAUAUAGAACAAGAUAAGGCUAAAGAAGAGUUAGCGUGGAGGAUUGCUGAGAUGAUUGUUCGUGAAAUCACAUCUUUGACGCUAGAAUCUACGAAUCUUCCUUCUUGAUGGUGCAAAUUUGACAUAACUAUUUUGAGGCUUAUAUAAGUUCUCCUUAAGUAUAAGAUAUUUUCUAUUUCGAAUAUUUGUAUAAACAGAAAAUGCCCUGUUACCUUCUCUGUUUUAUUUUGAAACGUUAGCGCAAUGAUGCUGCAGCAAUUGCCAAAGUGCCAAAAGAAUUGUCAAUAUGAGUGAAAGAUUUUAUUAAUCGUUUUGUAACAUAUAUAACAGAUAUUUUAAGAGCAAGCAUAUAAAAUCAUUGGAAGAUCUCUAUCUUCUUAUUUUAUACUUUUAUAUUUCCAGACUCUUAGCAGGUACAUAUAUUUUAUGCAACCAGUGAAAAUUUUUAAUGAUUUGCCAAUGUCAUUCAGCUUUUUUAGCAGCAACUAGCAAAUGAUGUAUUUAAGUUGCAUUAUUGUACCAAUAGACACCAUCAAAAUAUAUAAUCGUCCCGUUUUUAUAAUUCAUAAUGUAAAUGACUUAAUGAGAAAUUAGAUUAAUAUUUUAUUAAUCUAUUUCAAUAUUUUUGGACUUUGUCAUGUAAACAAAUUUUAUGAAGCUCUUAUAAUCAGCACAAUUGUUUUUGUAAUUGUUUUGAAGAUCUUCCUAUUUUUUAAUCUAUCACAAAACAUACAUAGAGAACUUUAUGAAUUCGCAAUUCCUCCGUUCUACCAGUUCAUCAGUUAUGACGCCAAAGAUGAGAAAAUACAGACAAACGUUUUUUUUUUUUAUUUCUAUCUUUAUAAGUGAGCAGAGUCAGAGCUUAAUUAAAAAGAAAAACAUUCAUAGAUUCAUAAUU